GUUCAUGGGAUAUAACCAUAAAGGAAAUUGGAAUCGUUCCUGUGUGAACUGCUUGAAAGGUGUUGUCACCUUCCUCAACUUCAUCUGCUGGGUAGGUUAUUUUGAUUCACCACUUCUUACAGUCUGAUUAUUAUGAAGUCUUUAUCAUCUCUAAAACGUCAAAUCACUGGUGACAUCAUAAACCUGUCAUAUCAAAUGCAUCCUGUAGAGGGGAUAAAAGCAUAAAUACCACUUUCUAUUCAGAUACUUUCUUAAUUCUAAGUCAUCAAAAUUUCAAAUUCAAAAUUUUCUCAAACGUCUACAUUUUAAUAUCAACAGUUUGAGAGAUCUACAAGAUCAUGUAUUCCCCUUUUUGACUCUGAUGUAAGCCUUAUGUUCCAGUUGUGUCGUGCCUUCAUGGUGGGUUUUGGAGAGUUCCAGAUGAUGCACUCUAGAUUUGUCUCCCUCAUCACAUUCUUAUGCCCCAUCAACCCUGCCAACACCCUGGUAGUCAUGGAAACCAUCGUGACCUGUGUGUGUUACCUGGGAAUCAUGGGGCCCCUGAAGGAAAACCGUUGGAUGCUCAUCACUGUGAGUCUGCACAGAUAUACCAUGCACAAAAUGUAUGUGUUCCAAAUGGCACUCUAUAGACCCUGGUCAAAAGUAGUGCACUAUAAAGGUGCCGAUGGUCUGUGAGGGACAUUUUUCCUCCUACUGUUUAGCUUGAUGCUGGUGGAGCUGGCCAUGGCAUGUAUGCUUAUGGUGUUUGAGAGGGAGGUAAGAGACAUCUAAAGGCUUCUCUGCUGUUCUUAUGACCUAAUUUGAUAAUGUAAAAUGUGAGGUGUAAUGGUGCUAGUAGAAGUCAUAUAAACUUGUGACCUGUUUGCCAUACAGAUUGACACUUUCUUUGAGAAAGACCUGAUGUGUAACCUGGAGACACAAGAAAUUGAAGCAAAUUUUAUUUGUCACAUGUGCCGAAUACAACAGGUGUAGACCUUACCGUGAAAUGCUUACUUACAAGCCCUUAACCAACAAUGCCAUUUAAAGAAAAAUAAGAGUUAAGAAAAUAUUUACGAAAUAAAAAAGAAUAACACAAUAAAAUAACAAUAACGAGGCUAUACAGUGAGGGAAAAAAGUAUUUGAUCCCCUGCUGAUUUUGUACAUUUGCCCACUGACAAAGAAAUGAUCAGUCUAUAAUUUUAAUGGUAGGUUUAUUUCAACAGUGAGAGACAGAAUAACAAUCAAAAAAUCCAGAAAAACGCAUGUCAAAAAUGUUAUACAUUUAUUUGCAUUUUAAUGAGGGAAAUAAGUAUUUGACCCCCUCUCAAUCAGAAAGAUUUCUGGCUCCCAGGUGUCUUUUAUACAGGUAACGAGCUGAGAUUAGGAGCACACUCUUAAAGGGAGUGCUCCUAAUCUCAGUUUGUUACCUGUAUAAAAGACACCUGUCCACAGAAGCAAUCAAUCAAUCAGAUUCCAAACUCUCCACCAUGGCCAAGACCAAAGAGCUCUCCAAGGAUGUCAGGGACAAGAUUGUAGACCUACACAAGGCUGAAAUGUGCUACAAGACCAUCGCCAAGCAGCUUGGUGAGAAGGUGACAACAGUUGGUGCGAUUAUUCGCAAAUGGAAGAAACACAAAACACCUGUCAAUCUCCCUUGGCCUGGGGCUCCAUGCAAGAUCUCAACUCGUGGAGUUGCAAUGAUCAUGAGAACGGUGAGGAAUCAGCCCAGAACUACACGGGAGGAUCUUGUCAAUGAUCUCAAGGUAGCUGGGACCAUAGUCACCAAGAAAACAAUUGGUAACACACUACGCCGUGAAGGGCUGAAAUCCUGCAGCGCCCGCAAGGUCCCCCUGCUCAAGAAAGCACAUAUAAAGGCCCGUCUGAAGUUUGCCAAUGAACAUCUGAAUGAUUCAGAGGAGAACUGGGUGAAAGUGUUGUGGUCAGAUGAGACCAAAAUCGAGCUCUUUGGCAUCAACUCAUCUCGCCGUGUUUGGAGGAGGAGGAAUGCUGCCUAUGACCCCAAGAACACCAUCCCCACCGUCAAACAUGGAGGUGGAAACAUUAUGCUUUGGGGGUGUUUUUCUGCUAAGGGGACAGGACAACUUCACCGCAUCAAAGGACGAUGGACGGGGCCAUUUUCCGUCAAAUCUUGGGUGACAACCUCCUUCCCUCAGCCAGGGCAUUGAAAAUGGGUCGUGGAUGGGUAUUCCAGCAUGACAAUGACCCAAAACACACGGCCAAGGCAACAAAGGAGUGGCUCAAGAAGAAGCACAUUAAGGUCCUGGAGUGGCCUAGCCAGUCUCCAGACCUUAAUCCCAUAGAAAAUCUGUGGAGGGAGCUGAAGGUUCGAGUUGCCAAACGUCAGCCUCGAAACCUUAAUUACUUGGAGAAGAUCUGCAAAGAGGAGUGGGACAAAAUCCUUCCUGAAAUGUGUGCAAACCUGGUGUCCAACUACAAGAAACGUCUGACCUCUGUGAUUGCCAACAAGGGUUUUGCCACCAUGUACUAAGUCAUGUUUUGCAGAGGGGUCAAAUACUUAUUUCCCUCAAAUCAAUUUAUAACAUUUUUGACAUGCAUUUUUCUGGAUUUUUGUGUUGUUAUUCUGUUUCUCACUGUUCAAAUAAACCUACCAUUAAAAUUAUAGACUGAUCAUGUCUUUGUCAGUGGGCAAACGUACAAAAUCAGCAGGGGAUCAAAUACUUUUUUCCCUCACUGUACAGGGGGUACUGGUACCGAGUCAAGGUGCUGGGGUACAGGCUAGUCGAGGUAAUAUGUACAGUACCAGUCAAAAGUUUGGACACACCUACUCAUUCAAGGUUUUUUCUUUAUUUGUACUAUUUUCUACAUUGUAGAAUAAUAGUGAAGACAUCAAAACUAUGAAAUAACACAUGGAAUCAUGUAGUAACCAAAAAAUUGUUAAACAAAUCAAAAUAUAUUUUAGAUUUUAGAUUCUUCAAAAUAGCCACCCCUUUGCCUUGAUGACAGCUUUGCACACUCUUGGCAUUCUCUCAACCAGCUUCACCUGGAAUGCUUUUCAAUAGUCAUGAAGGAGUUCCCACAUAUUCUGAGAACUUGUUGGCUGCUUUUCCUUCACUCUGCUGUCCAACUCAUCCCAAACCAUCUCAAUUGGGUUGAUGUCGGGUGAUUGUGGAGGCCAGGUCAUCUGAUGCAGCACUCCAUCACUCUCCUUCUUGGUCAAAUAGCCCUUAUACAGCCUGGAGGUGUGUUGAGUCAUUGUCCUGUUGAAAAACAAAUUAUAUUCCCACUAUGCGCAAACAAGAUGAGAUGGCGUAUCGCUGCAGAAUGCUGUGGUAGCCAUACUGGUUAAGUGUGCCUUGAAUUCUAAGUAAAUCACAGACAGUGUCACCAGCAAAGCACCAUUACACCUCCUCCUCCAUGCUUCACGGUGGGAACCACACAUGCGGAGAUCAUCCGUUCACCUACUCUGCGUCUCACAAAGACACGGAUGUUGGAACCAAAAAUCCCCAAUUUGGACUCAUCAGACCAAAGGACAGAUUUCCACCGUUCUAAUGUCCAUUGCUCGUGUUUCUUGGCUGAAGCAAGUCUCUAAUUCUUAUUGGUGUCCUUUAGUAGUGGUUUCUUUGCAGCAAUUCGACCAUGGCCUGAUUCAUGCAGUCUCCUCUGAACAGUUGAUGUUGAGAUGUGUCUGUUACUUGAUCUCUGUGAAGCAUUUAUUUGGACUGCAAUUUCUGAGGCUGGUAACUCUAAUGAAUUUAUCCUCUGCAGAAGAGGUAUCUCUGGGUCUUCCUUUCCUGUGGCGGUUCCUCGAGAGCCAGUUUCAUCAUAACGCUUGAUGGUUUUUACGACUGCACUUGAAGAAACUUUCAAAGUUCUUGAAAUGUUCCGGAUUGACUGACCUUCAUGUCUUAAAUUAAUGAUGGACUGUCGUUUCUCUUUGCUUAUUUUAGCUGUUCUUGCCAUAAUAUGGACUUGGUCUUUUACCAAAUAGGGCUAUCUUCUGUAUACCACCCCUACCUUGUCACAAUGCAACUGAUUGGCUCCAGGUGACUACCUCAUGAAGCUGGUUGAGAGAAUGCCAAGAGUGUGCAAAGCUGACAUCAAGGCAAAGGGUGUCUACUUUGAAGAAUCUCAAAUAUAAAAUCUAUUUAGAUUUGUUUAACACUUUUUUGGUUACUACAUGAUUCCAUAUGUGUUAUUUCAUAGUUUUGAUGUCUUCACUAUUAUUCUACAAUGUAGAAAAUAGUCAAAAUAAAGAAAAACCCUGGAAGGAGUAGGUGUGUCCAAACCUUUGACUGGUACUGUACAUGUAGGUAUGGGUAAGGUGACUAUGUAUAGAUAUUAAACAGCGAGUAGCAGCAGCGUGAAAAAAGGGGGUGGUUCAAUGCAAAAUAGUCUGGGUAGCCAUUUGAUUAACUGUUCAACAGUCUUAUGGCUUGGGGGUAGAAGCUGUUAAGGAACCUUUUGGACCUAGACUUGGCGUUCCGGUAUUGCUUGCCGUGCGGUAGCAGAGAGAACAGUCUAUGACUAGGGUGGCUGGAGUCUUUGACAAUUUUUAGGGCCUUCCUCUGACACCACCUGGUAUAGAGGUCCUGGAUGUUUCUACAUCAAAGGGGAAGCUAACCAUUAAAGAGGACUUUGAUUGUGUCCAGCGUAUUUUGAGUAAUUCAGUAGGUGUAAUGGUACAUUCAUACAUAUCGCUCUGUUGAAAUAACACAGGCUGUACCUAGACCUCAAUAACAUUCCAGUACAUUUCUCCAUUCUGCUUCACCAGUGUUGUUAUAGGAUGGUAACCCAGUGGCUGUGCUGUGUUCAGUUUAGGUGCUGUGGGGGUCCAUGGUGUGGCAGACUGGGAGGGCAAUGUGCCCCUGUCCUGCUGUACCAGAGACUCCUGUAACAUUAUCCUCCAACCUAACUGGCAGGAGGUGGGCUUGUACUUUUUCUCUGCUUGUGUCCCAAAUGGUACCCUAUUAAUUAUUUAGUGCACUACUUUUGACCAGAGCCCUAUUGGCCCUGGGCAAAAGUAGUUUACUAUAGGGAAUAUGGUGCCAUUUGGGAUGCGACCUCUGUCUUAAAGAUGCACUAUGCAGAAAUUGCUCCAGCAUUUCCUGUUUGCUUGCUAAAAUUCCAAUACAGUAGUUUGCCUAAUUUCAGUUUAUGUGACAAAACAAGCAGUCAUUGUAUAUAGAAUCAUUGUACCAUCUAAACCGCUGUGAAAUAUAUUUUCCAUAACCAAAGAUAUUGUAUAUUCAGCUGUUUGAAGCUGGUGUACAAAAUCUAAAGUAAAAGAUGUAAAAACGAAACUUCAGAACGGGAGGCAUAGAAAUAGCACACAUAGAACAGAUCUACCGCCUCUUAGACUUGCUUUCAACAGGAACGAAAGAACUAUAACACACAAUUCUAUGUGAAUUUGGUGGGGUUGCCCAAAAUGUUACAUACUGUAGUUUAAAAUAUUUAUAGCUUCAUUUUGAACAAUAUAACCUCUGUCUCUUUCAGGGCUGUCAUAUGAAGCUCAGGAACUGGUUUGCGAGGAACUUUCUCAGCACUAGAGCAGGUGUCGUCUCCCUGUGUAUUCUACAUGUACAGUACACUUUCUACGCUUUUACUCAUUUGGUUCAAUCUGUGUGUCCCAAAUGGCACCAUAUUCCUUAUAUAGUGCACUACUUUUGACUAGAGCCCAAUGGACCCUGGUCAAAAGUAGUGCACUAUAUAUAGAGAAUAGGGUGCCAAUGUGAUUCUCACCAUCGUCUUCAUUCUACUGAACCUGUUUCCUCUUCCUUAGUUUAUAAGACUGUCUGUGGUCUUAGUUAAAACGUGCUGACUAUGCAUCCAAAACGUUUCUGUUCUUGUUUGCAGUUGAUUUGCCUGUGUUUCACAGUCCCCAGCUUCUGACACUUCAGUCG